AUGAUCCCGGACUCUCCAAAUACUCGUUAUCUUUUUCACUCUAUGUGGGUCAUUUCUUUUUCGCAGAAAUCAUUUUGAACGUAGCAUUUAGAUUGGUAAAAAAAAAUAGAAGCAAAACUCAAGAAAGUUUUGCUCGCCUCGACUCUCUUCUAGUUCACGUCUGCGAGAGUGCCGUUGCGAGACUCUGAUUUCCACAUGCCUAUGUCCCUUUAAUUCAAUGUUUUCUUUUCUGUUUGAAAGUAUAUUUUUUCGAAAAAUGUUUUUUUAAACUUUAUUGUCUCUUUAAUGUUCGAAACUGCUGAAAAAACUUUCGACUUAAUUCCAAGCUGUAUUUCAAAAUCAAGUUUUUUCCCCGAAACUAUUUUUCUAUUUAAUUUUCCUUGCCUUGUUUUUUUUUUCAUUCGAUUCUAUGAUAUGUUGAAUACAAAUCAGCAAACGUUGAUUUUUAUGCUUUUAUUCAUUUUGUCAAAAUUCAGAAUGUAUAACGGCAUCGGGCUACAAACGGCCCGUGGUACAGGCACAAACGGCUACGUACAAUCAAACUUAUCACAUUUGUUACUCGCGAGGGUCAGUUUUCUCAUUGUAAAUAGAAAAAAAGUUUGCCUUCAGAAAAAAAUCGAGUAUAAUGGUGAGGACGAUUUACGACGCAUGGAAGCGGAAGUCAACAAAACGCCGAACGCGGAAAUACUGGAUCAUCAGAGAAAACGUCAAAUUGAAGUGAAAUGUACAGAAGUCGAACUUCUUAUGGAGGAAAAGGUCGAUUGAAAUCUUGAGAAAUGUUUUAUUGUUGCUUUGAAGGGUUUUGAUGACGACGAGAUUCAAAAGAAAGUGGACGAAUAUCGCCAGUUGCUUCUUUCUCAAUUGAAGUCCGGCGAAUUGAACUUGGACGAUGAAUUGGACACGCGAGAUUCUCACGCUCGUAGGCAGUUUGCACAAAAGGUGAGAGUAUUACAUUUUUUUUUCUUAAAGUCUAAUAAUAAAAUCUAGGGUCGAGACAGAAUGCGUGAAGCUUUAGGGGUUAACAAAGAUUUCGUUGCUGGCAGUUCAAUGGCUAAGUUCGUUCUUUAACAAUCUUUUUUAGUUAGAUGUUUGAAAAAAUACGAAAUUUUCCCUUUACAGCAUGAAUAAAACAGAUGUAGUGGGAGCGGCGUUAUCAGCACCGCCCGUAUCCGAAAAAGAAGAUAAAGAGGCUUUAUUGGCGACCCUCAAAAAACACGAGAAACAAAAGGCGAAAGAGAAAAAGCAGGCCAAAGUUCUCAGUAUGCGUUUUACAAGCAUAUAAAAUAACUUUCAGAAACAAAAGUCCAAAAAACGGAAGAGAAAAGUUAGCACAAGUUCAUCGUCGUCUUCUUCCAGUGAUGAUUCUUCAGGUAAAAUUUUUCAUUUACUCGUAUUCUGAUGAUAAUUUUGCAGAGUCCAGCGCUUCUUCUUCAGAAUCUGAAUCGAGUGAGGACGAAAAACGCAAGAAGAAAAAGAAGAGCACAAAAAGGAAGCAUGAAAAAGCGAAAAAUCGGUAAUUUAUUAAGCAAUGCUUAUAUUAGAAAAAGGAUUUUCUGUUUCAAACAAGAUAAUCCAUAAAUAGGGCGCAGGCAUAGCCUAAGCCAUUAUUAUUUGAAAAACAAAAAAAAAUUUUUUUUCAGACAAGUAGUCAAAGAAGAACAACAGUCGCCAGUGGCUAAGAAAAGUCGUAGAGAAAACGACAGGCAAGACGAGAAUCGUUCUUCAAAGAAAGCGGAAGCCAAAAAAAACGUUCGCGAAGAAGAGCGUCGCAGAAAGAGGAGCAGGAGUCGCGAAAAUGACGACGUCAGGCAUCAAGAUCGACACGAUGAUGAACACAGAAAUCGGCAUCGGGACGGGCCUCGAAGGGACCACGACCGUUCUCGCGGGUAUUCAUCAAUUUGAAAAAUCGUAACAAAUUUGAUUCAGAUUAUCUGAAGCAUCUUUAAUUUGAUUGCUUUUUUCAUUAGAGUACUGCACAAACCUUUUAUAGGGCUUUAGGUGACUAGCGACGUGAUUUUUUUAUUCCUAAUUUUUUUAAAUUUACCGUUUAGAACUUGUCAGUUGAAAUAUUUUAGAGGGCGUGAGCAAUUUUUUUAAAUUUACCGUUGAGAACUUGUCAGUUGAAAUAUUUUAGAGGGCGUGAGCAAUCGGUUGAAAGAAGGCGAGAAAGAAGAAGUGAAGAACGCGAAAAAAGCCGCGGGGAGAGGUCCAGAGAGAUUCGCGACCGUUCCAGAGAGAAUCGCGACCGAUCCAGAGAGAAUCGCCGGCGCCACAGUCACCGACGUGCGAGUGCAGAACGACGUCGUGAAAAUCGUCUGAAAGAGUCGAUUCGCCGGUCGCGCAGUCCAGUUUCACGCCGUCGACAUGAUUCUGACUCUGACGAGGGAUCCACCACAAAAAAAGAACCCGUCAGUCAACCGUUUCCACAUUUUACGGAAUAUCAAUUUUUCCUUAUCAAGGAACUUUGCUAUAUAUUCACAACAUAACUUAAUAAGAGAGUGCGUUUAGAACUUCACUAGAGAAUAAUAUUUGAAAAAAUUUACCUUCCAAUGAAGCAUAAGUCUGCACCUGAAAAAAUUCGUUAUUGAACGAUUAGGACUUUCAAGUAUGGAAUUUUAGAUUGUCGAAGAGGUUAAACAAGAGCCGGAAAGUGAACCAGAGACAACUGUCCCAGUUAAACAAAUGGAAGUCAAGCCGUCUAAAGGGAGUGAAAAUGUCGCGAAGGAGUCGUCUUCCGAUACGAGCUCUUCUUCUUCUUCUUCUUCAAGUGAUUCCGAUUCCAGUGAUAGCGAAAGCGAUUGAUGGAAUUUUGUACAAUUGUUAUUAAUUUAUUUCAUCAAAUUUUUUAUCUCUUCUACUUCGUUUUGAUCUCGAAAAAAAUUCUUGUUCCUUUUUUGUCAGCAAGAGAUUGAAUCUGAAGUAAAAGUUAAAAUUAAUCAUUUUCACGGUUUUUUAUUUUCGAUUAUCAAAUAAAGUUUUUGAAAAUGUGAUAUUUUUUCUGCUUAUCGCCCUCUCAAAAAAAUAGUUGAUAUGCAAUAGAUAUCUUGUACGUUAUCGGCGCCGACAACAUAGAUAAGGCAGUUUGGUGCUGGAUGGCCGCGCCAUGGCUUUCCUCGACCGCGACGAGCUGCUCGACGUCAUCCGACAUGAGAUGCGCCUUGAGGACGAGCACGGCCUCUGUGCCAGGCUGCUCCAGCCCGUCAUUCGGUUCUUUUUUCGUCCUUUCAUCCCCUUUUAAGCAGAAGAAAUUGGUAUUCGGCAAGCAAGAAAACCAAAAAAUCUCGAUUAAUAAUAAUUUGAUGAAGAUGUGUAGUUUAAUUUGGAAAAUUCACCAUUUCCCUCAAGCCGCCCAUUUUUGGUUUCUGGUGGCCUAUUCGAAAUUUGUUUUUAAAAGCUUUUCAAAACUCACGACUUUUCACUGUUCAAAAGGUUCUUGAGGGAAGUUUUAAUUUCCUUUCUACAGAAGUUUUAGAAUUCGAAAGCGAUUCUUCUAUGUUAGAACCGUUCAAAUGAAUUGAGAUAGUUUGUACACCGAAAAAAACCAAAGACUGUAUAAAGCAGGAAAAAAAAUGUACCGAGGAAUUGAAAAAAAAAAUAAAAUUUGAAUUCCGCUGGUGAUUUUUUGUUGUUCAGUCCAGUUCAGAUCCACUUUUUCAGCCUUUGCAAUCGGUAUUAAUAUGAGACUCUGCAUAAUAAAGUCGUAUUUGUCAUCUAAACGGCAAAUUAGUACAUUGUUAUGAGGAGAUUCUGUCAAACUUUGAUCCCAGAAAUGCGAAAUUCCGGAAAGUUUCUUUCCUUUGAAAGAAUUUCGGUUUCGAAGUUGCAGACGAUCUAAAUACGGUGGAUUGCCGCUCGGCUUCAGAAUGUCGAGCCUCCGUGAAGACGUUGACGAUGAGUUCGAGGAAGGAUACAACGUCAGUCUUUGAUUUUCUACUUCUCUUAGUGAUUAAGGAUUGUAUCCCUUUUGCCGAAGCUUUUUGUUCUCUACAAAAGUUUUCUUUUUGCAGAUCCCCCUCUACGAAGAGCCCAUCCACACGCGCGACAUUAUCCGCGAGCAAAUGGACCAUCGCGUUUUCGAUAAAAACGUCGUCGCUUCCGUUGUUCCAGGUUAUUUUUUUCUCGUUAUCUAGAACCACUGCUAUAAAAUAUAUCAUAUUUUUCUACCAUAUUUACGUUCAAAUGUAUCUAACUUGUUUCUUGUCGGUAAUUUCCUGUUCCACGAACUUACCAUGAGCAAAACAAGCAAAGAGGUAGGUUUCAUGGUAAAAAGAAUGGCAUAUGCUCUAUUUUCCUUCAAAUUUUGAUUUGUUCAACCACACUUGAAGUUUUUUUUUUUGUGAAAAAUUCCCAUCUCAGAAGUCCAGUUGAUCAUUUCUUGCAAUUUUUGUUCUGAAAAUCAUUUUGAAUCAAAGUUCCAGUGUAAUAAUCAUUUUCAGACUUCCAUAGAAGUCUGGAAAGUAAAAGGAAAAGGAAGAAGAUUUUUCUUGUUGAGCCGUGACAAGUCAUAAUAAUGAUGAAGUUCAGAAGUCGGUUCGCCCAGAUCUGCAACGGAGCUUUUCAUAGAACACAAAGUCGCAUGGCCACCCUCGUGUUCAAGUUCGGGUCCGAAAUCGGCAGUUGAUAGGUGGAAUUCCGCACAAGUUUUGGAGAAGUUCGCCGUCUCCAGGUACCUGGAAGCCAACGCGAGCUCUCUCAACAGCCAGUUGCGGGAAUUCGCGCGGUUCGCCGGCACGACCGACCAGCCUUCGCGGACGAUUCACGUCUUCUUUGCUCCUGAAGGGAUCACCGAAGGGCCUCAUCGAGACUUAGAGGUCGGCCUUCAUCACAGGAAAUAUUCAUUGUGAAUUCAGAUCAGUGUUCUGUCUUCUGCCAAAGUCAAACAGGCUAUCGGCUACUGUUCCUACAAGUUUCUUCUCGAUUUCGGAGAACUAUUACCGUGGGUGUGUUCAUUUUCCGCAGAAUUUGACCUCUUGCAGUGGUCAAGUCGAUGACUAUCAACUGUUCAUGGCAGAAGACGAUGGCGAGGUAUUUUCACUCUCUUUUCUUGUCUUUUCCAAAGUUUUUCUUAAGAUUUCGACCGAUUUUCCACCACAUGACCACAAUAAGCUCAUCGGACAAUUUGGUUUGUUGCUUUAAAAAUGAAAAACAAGAAAAUAUAAACGAUUUUCUGGGUUUUUUGUUUGAACUUUAUUCUAUUCUUGUUUCAGGUUUUGAUGUUCUUGGCCUUGUCAGAACGCAAACAGAUUCUGAUAGACUUCAAAGCUUCAAAGUUAUCGUGUGAGUAAUUUUCUAACUAGCCAAUUACUUGUGAGGGAAAGUUUCUGACAUAAUUUACUUUUGCACGUUCAUAUGACCGCGUCUUAUUGAUUCGUACUUGGUUUCGGCAUCCAGAAAAAAUAAUUUCGUCAAAAUCUACAUCCUUUAUUUCAUUCAGGAAUGGUGAAUUCGUGGAGAAUAACCGAAAAAAACAAAAAAAGCUUAAACUGUGAUUUGAAAAAUCAUGAGUUUUUAUCGAAAGUGAGAUAAUAUUAUUUUCCGAGAAUUCAUUUCUAUGUUGAGAACAUUUUUAUCGGAAAUUAAGAAGUUUCUUGGAGGUCAGAGAGUUCUUCGGUUUUUUAUAGAGACAUUGAAAGCCUUAAUCCGCACAAACUUCUUUUUUUUGAGGAGGUAUUGCUGACAAUUAGUUUUUCAUGUUUUUGUACUGUUGGCUGAAACAUUGAGGUCUCCGUUCCGAAAAACUUUUGUGCAGACUUCAAAUCUCAGGAUUUUCAUCCAUCAAAAGAACGCUUAGCAUAUUUCAAAGUCCUGUGUAAAGUAACAUUUUAUUAUGAGAAGAAGAAAAAAGUGAACAGAAAAUUCGCAAGCGAUGGCAGUCAGAUCCUCUGAAGUUCGUCCCACAAAGAAUGUCCUUUCCAAAUUUCAGACCAUGAAUGAGUGUUUGAGUAAACAUUAUUAAAGUAAUUAAGUCACUUCACGAGCCGAGAUCAGUACACGAUCGAGGUGGACAGCGGAGAUCGGACACUGAAAUGGCUGAAGGACGAGGCGUUGAGAAGGCGCGACGAGAAGAUGAAAGCCGACGGCGGUCUCCCCGAAGGCUUCUUAGAAAGUGAGAGAGCCUUCAGAAAGCCUUAUCAAGCAGUUCAGUUCGUGACUAUCAUCUUGAGCCGGCCGAUCAGUUUGACGUGAAGCUCGACGAGGAGCUGACCGUGAAGUCUGUUGGCGUCUCUGAGUUUGUGAUGGUGCGCAAGAACAGUAAGAAGGCCUGAGGAGCUCAGGAGAGACAAUGGUUCUGCAGGUUCGCGGGGAGAUUUCCACCCCCUGGGUGUGCGUUUCGGUCGGCAAUUCAGUGCGAUGACGCUUCUGACAGGAUUGGCCGCAGGAAAUCCUGGGCCAAUGUCUCCACGGACGCCGCUACCCACCCUCGCAGAGCAGAAAUUCGGUCAGUGUCUAGAAUAUAUUUCUCUGGGCUUAGAAAUUGAUGGCCGUACAUUUGUUCACUAAGAAUAACUGCCGAGAUAAACGCGAGUUGGAUGGCGGUACAUUGACUCGCAAACAUCUCGCUCUGUUCUCACGCGGCGGGUCUCGCACAUACAUCGGCUGGAUCCAACCUUACCCUUUUGCGCGCGAAAAAAAAUUGAAAAUGUACUGACUAGGGAACUACUCGGACUCGGGUACGCGUUUGGAGUUGAAACUUUGGUGGCUUAUAGACCCGGGUAAGAGUACUUGGAAACAAGAGAGAUUAUCUGCUAAACCCCAUAAGCUUCUGAAAAAAAAGCUUUUUGAAAAUGAACAGUUUAGGCUUGAAAAUUAUCGAAUUUUUGCUUUCCUCCUCCUUUUGACUGGAAAAAAGUUUUUUAGAGUUUAUCACAGCCGAAUCAUUCAAGGCGAUUGUAUUAAAAUAUAAAAUAAGGUAAAAAGAAGUAUUCUGAAAUUUUUCAGGCCUAAUUUUCACAUUUUCUAUUAAUUUUUUCUCAGUUCUCUAUUGGGUUUAGCAGAUGUUCUCUCUUGUUUUCAAAUAUUCUGACUUGGGUCUAUAAACCACUAAAGUUUCAACUCGAAACGCGUACCCGAGUCCGAGUAGUUCCCUAGUGAGGUAGGCCGCACUUUUCGGGGUGGGAUCCAGCCGACGUACUGUCUCGCAAUUCUUUCGCGCUAGUUGCGGCAUUCAUCUUUAGUAUUGUAAGACUUUGUCGAAGUCGCUCCUGACGAGAAAAAAAUCCAAGCGCGAGCAAAGAUGAGAAGAAAUUACAUUUUCCAAUGUUAAAAUGUAAAUGCCACGGGAAAAUAAAAGUGGCCGUUUUCAUUAAUUUUUUAGAUAUUGGCUUAAUACUUAAAAUUGUUUUAACCAGCUAGCAACUUAUAACUGCGCUGCUCAAUAGAAGGUCAACUUACUCAUUGUUUUCAUUUCCUUGAAGAAAGAUUCAAGACUUUGGACCUGGAAGUUUUAUUUUUCUGAUCGGAAACCCGCAAUUAUUACCAAAGUUAUUCGGAGAAAAAGUUGACGGAAGCAAUGAGAAAAAAAUUUGUACCAAACCUUGAUAGCCGCUAGACUUCACAUCGUAUGCUAGUUUUUUGUAAAUAUUCAAAUAAAAAUCAUUCUGUUUUUGAACACGUUCGCCUUUCUCUGAAAGCUUCUCUUUUCAAUCCUAAACAAUUGCAAAAGAGUAGAUAACGAAUUAACUUUGACCAUAUUCAAAUAAUUUUUUUUGCGAAGCGUGAUAUUUUCGUGUUUCAAAAUGAUAUUGCUUUGACUGAUUGAUUGAUGCUUGCUCAGAGUUCCCUCCAACGUCGCCUAGCGGAAUGACUACGCGGCCGGUGACCUUAGCCGACUUGGACGGUCAGCUCUCGGCGUUCGUCGUCUGGCGGAUCCACAGAGUGAAGCCUCGCUGGAAAGCCAAUCUCGGUACUUUUCAGGGUUUCGACAUAGGUCAAAGGACCAAUUGCAGUGUUGCGGUGGACGUGCUUCGAGAUUUCGCGGCUUUUCGUCGACAAGACGGCCUUUCUCCCACAGGGCUACCAGAAGCACACGAGCGUGCCGUGGGAGAACGUCGGCGGCGUCCGAGUGCACGAGAAAGACGCCAAACGUUUUGUUCUCCCUUUGAGAGCUGAAAGAUCAUCCGAUUCAGCGGGAUCAGAAAGGCUCUGGCAAUUGACUCUUUGGUGGCUUCCAAUUCUCGAAGAGGAAGCAGUUCGAAGCGUCGUCGGCGACGAAGAGUGGAGCUAUCGGCAUAUCAUUCAAGUUCGUUGAGUUUGAAAGGCUGUCUCAAUAAUGAAGAGUGUUUCCGCACUAUUUUUACUAUGAAGAAAAUUUGAUUAACACAAGCUCCUGGUUUGUACAUAACCAGCCUGUUUGAAAACCUUACUUAUCAGAAAUAAGCAAAGUAUUGAUUUCAACUGAAUUCAGCUCUACAAAACUGAAAAUGCCUGGAAGAAAGUGACGGUGGAGUCGUCGAAAAACACGGAAAUCGCUGAGGCGGCGAGUCAAGUCAACUCGAUUCUGCAGGCCAGGGACACCGCCGUUUUCCGGGUGAGAACAUUUCUCAUAAUCUAGGAAUUUUUUCAAGAUUUAUUCUCACUCCUCAAAAAUUUUCAUUUCGCUGAAACGGAUGAUAAAUAUAUAGAAAAGUCUUUGGCAACACAUUUUUCUUUGCUGCCAGGUCUUCCUUCAUGUCUCCUUGAGUCUGCAGACUUUCAACCACUCGGAGUGUGGCGCCCGUCCCCCGGCUUCGGCCGCCGAAAUCGCCAUGAUGGACUCGACUGAUGGGCCUCUCAUGACGUCACCAACGCCUACUCCCAAAAGCAAGUACUGGAAAAUGAAGAAACUCGUCCGCGUUUUUCGCAGAAAACCGGUCACCUGA